UACUAAACCCAAUAUAUUUAUUAGAGUAUAGUUUGGAAUUGACUUUAUACUAUUUUUCUCCUGAUUUUCCUAUGCAUGUAGUGGUUGUAAUCACUAGAAAGUGAAAUCAAUGAGAACAACUAGUUUGGAUUCAUUUGUUUAACUUUUUAUUAACUAAUCAAUAUUCAAUGCACUUUCAUAAAAAAAUAUAAGUUGUGCAAAAGAUGCUACAACGAGGGUGUUUGAAUUUGAUCUAAAGUUAAUAAGUUAUCAUCGAUGGUUUUCAAUAUGAAAAUUUUAAUGCUUGAAUUCCUCUGUGUACGACACAAAUCUAUUUUUUUUUUUUUUGGUCGAAACACAAAUCUAAUUUCAUACAAAAGAAAGACAGAAAUUUUAUUUUCGCCAACUUCAAAUUUUCUCAGCCGUAGGAUUGAGAUCCAAGGGUGCGUAAAGCAAGGCACUUUCGCGGAAAUUAAAAUAAAAAAUAUCUUCUGCCAAAAAAAAUAUCCAACGGAAAAAAAUAAAUGAACAAAACCAAAAUAAUUAAAACCGCUUUCGUAUUCUGAUAAGAGAAUCGACUACAGCCACCAGUCAUUUCUCUCUAUUCUGAGUGGUUUUUCUUCUUUGCCUAUUUCGCUUCCGACUCCUCUGGUUUUCCCCUUGCUCCUUCCCUCCCUCCCAAAUUUCUCUUCUCUGCGCUCGCUCCUCCAGAUUUCGAUUCCGAUCGAUUUCCCAUUUCCCUUCCCCCAAAACCCUAGAGCUAGAACUGAGCGGGCGGCGACCAUUUCCGGCGAAUCGGAAGAAGAGAAGGAAGCGAGGCUUCUGCUACUGCUCUCUUUCUCUUUGAUUUCAUCAUCUCGUUUUCUUUGGGAUUUCUGGUUUAGGGCUCUGUACAUGUCGUCGUUUCUCUUUGCCGUCGGCCUCAUCCUCCCCUGCUGCUGCUCCAGAACUGCUUGCAAGUAGCGACCUAUCAACAUCAUCAAUCAUUGCCAUGGCAGGGGCAGCUAGGAAGAAGGCAAUGGAGACGCUGGGGAAGAGCAUGACCGAGGAAGUGCAGAGAUGGGGUUGCAUGAAGCAGAACGGUGUGAGCUUGCGCUACAUGAUGGAAUUCGGUUCGAAGCCAUCCCUUCGCAACCUCCUGAUCUCUGCUCAGUUUCUCCAUAAGGAGUUGCCCAUUCGAAUCGCGCGCCGCGUCAUGGACCUCGAGACGCUCCCUUACGGCCUCUCUCACAAACCCGCCGUCCUCAAGGUGCGAGAUUGGUACCUGGAUUCUUUCCGUGAUCUCAGGUUAUUCCCCGAGAUAAAGGAUCCAAAUGAUGAGACGGAGUUUACGCAAAUGAUCAAAGCGAUUAAGGUGAGGCACAACAAUGUGGUUCCCAUGAUGGCCUUAGGCGUUCAACAGUUGAAGAAAGGCUUGGACCCAAAUGUUGAUUACGACGCUCUUGAUGAGAUUCAUGAGUUUCUGGAUCGGUUUUAUAUGUCCAGAAUCGGCAUUCGUAUGCUGAUUGGGCAGCAUGUGGAGUUGCAGAAUCCGAAUCCCCCUCCUCACUGUGUGGGUUGUAUACAUACUAAAAUGUCUCCGCUUGAGGUUGCACGCGAUGCUAGUGAGGAUGCUCGUUCUGUUUGUUUCCGGGAGUAUGGCAGUGCCCCAGAUAUUGACAUCUACGGGGAUCCCAAUUUCACUUUCCCGUAUGUUCCUGCACACUUGCAUCUUAUGGUAUUUGAGCUCGUCAAGAAUUCACUGCGGGCAGUGCAAGAGCGUUAUCUCGACUCAGAUAAAGUAGCACCUCCUGUACGAAUAAUUGUUGCUGAUGGAAUAGAGGAUGUUACCAUAAAGGUUUCAGAUGAAGGAGGUGGCAUACGGAGAAGUGGUCUUCCGAAAAUUUUCACUUACCUUUACAGCACAGCAAAAAACCCACUGGAUGAGCACGAUGAUCUAGGGACUGCUGAUACAGCAACAAUGGCUGGAUACGGGUAUGGUAUCCCAAUUAGCCGCUUGUAUGCCCGGUAUUUUGGAGGCGAUCUUCAAAUUAUCUCCAUGGAAGGAUAUGGAACUGAUGCAUAUCUCCAUCUGUCUCGGUUGGGAGAUUCACAGGAACCCCUGCCUUGAAAGCAGAGGCAAGCUGAGGCUUUGGUUGCAUAUAUUGUAGAGGGUUGAGAGAGACCUCGUGUUGAAGAUCAGACAGCUCUUGAAAUGUAAUUUUUGAAUGGGGCUGUUGUAAUAAUUUGGACGUCAGUUUGUAAAUUCUUGAUGUGCCCUUGAGCUCCUGAUUUUAGGCGUUUGUUCAAUUCAUCUUGACGCCACAUCAGCUUAAAGCUCAAUAGAAAUUUGCUUGAAUA